GGAGGCCGAGGACGUGUGUGACGUCAGACCCUAGCACGACGCUAGCUUGCGACGAAGAAGCGGAUCCUGCUUUUCCCAUACUUGCUUGUUUAGUUGUGACUGCAAGUGUGACCGCACAUGGUGACUGACCAGUAACACACUCUAGACGGACACUACGUGCAGUGGCAUUGGGCACAAUGGAAGCGGUGAACGCCUUCAACUCGGAGUUGUUCUCCAUGAUUGACAUGAAGCCUCCGAUAUCUCGCGCUAAAAUGAUGUCUGUGACAAAGUCGGCCAUCAAAGCCAUCAAGCUCUACAAACAUGUGGUCCAGAUUGUUGAAAAGUUCAUCAAGAGGUGCAAACCAGAGCUGAAAGUCCCCGGCUUGUAUGUGGUCGAUUCCAUCGUUCGCCAGUCACGUCAUCAGUUUGGUCUUGACAAGGAUGUUUUUGGACCCCGCUUUUUGAAGAACUUCACAGAAACCUUCCAGAAUCUUUACCACUGCCCAGAGGAUGACAAGAACAAAAUUCUGCGAGUGUUGAACCUCUGGCAGAAGAAUGGUGUGUUUGACAUGGACAUCAUUCAGCCUCUGAUGGACAUGGCUAAUGGCGUCGUCGCACCUGCACCCUCACUUGAAGUUCCCACUGAGCCGCAGCCUCCUCCCACAGCGGCCCCAGUUGUGGCCACUUUAUCGCAGAUGCCCACUUCUGACGCUUUAGCUGCUGUGGCUCAACUCUUCCAGUCCCCACAUGGUCAGGAGCUCCAAAAGAUGCUUCAGAACCUGCAGCAGGCAGAAAAGACACAGACGGCCAAUAAUACCAAUGAGCCACACCCAUCCCCCAUGCCUGUGGCUCAGCCCCAGAUGCUUGAUACACACACAGAAGAAAAAAGCUCCCUGACUGAGAGACUACUCGACAAGUUUGACUAUGACGACGAACCUGAAGAUGUUGCAACAAAAGUCGCUUUGGAUUUACCUGGACAGGUACCCAACAUGGAGUCUGUUCAUCCACCACUAAUGGGACAACCUGCGCCCGGCGAGUUUGUCGGUGGAGCAAGUCACAAUGAGCAUCAGAAGGUGAAAGAUUUAUAUCAUUCCAGAAAUGCACACAACUCUAAAUCACAGGUGGAUUCAAGGGAGGAACCAUCUACACGAAGAGAAGGAAAAAGCAGGAGGUCAAGGUCUGGUUCUCGUUCUCCUAGGAGAAGAAGGUCUCGUUCUUCAUCACGCUCAAGAGGGUCCAGGCGCAGACGCUCCAGAAGUCCCCCCAGAGAGCAACGCUGGCGAUCUCGUUCUCAGGAUAGGACGGAUCGCGAGCGUGACAGAGAGCGGAGACAGAAGGGUCUUCCUAGCAUCAAGAGCCAGACGCUCAGUGUUUGCAGCACAACACUCUGGGUCGGUCAGCUGGACAAGAAAACCCAGCAGUCUGACGUCAUGUCCCUUCUGGAGGAGUUUGGCCAGAUUGACUCAAUCAAUAUGAUACCUCCCAGAGGUUGUGCCUACAUUGUUAUGGUGCACAGACAGGACGCCUACACUGCCUUGAACAAGCUGAUUAGUGGUUCGUACAAAGUCAACCAGAAGUCUGUGAAGAUUGCGUGGGCUUUGAACAAAGGUAUAAAAACAGCACACAAGAAGUUCUGGGACGUGGAGCGAGGGGUCACCUACAUCCCCUGGGCCAAAGUGAAAACCGAGGAGCUGGAGGGCUAUCGAGAAGGAGGAAUGUUCGACCCAGACACAUUAACUGAAGAUUGGAAAAGUGUUCUGACCCUCAAAAAGCAGGCGGUUGUGAACGGCAUGUCGGAUACUGCACCAAGAGAUGGGACCGUCGAAACUCAGAUUCAGGGGCCAGCCAUGGGGUCCAUCAGGAGCCCCCCAGCCUUUAUGUCUCCAGCCAUGAUGUCCCCCGGGUCCAUGCACACCAUGGGGGGUCCUGUCACCGGGUCCAUGCUCCCAAUGGGGGGUCAUGUCACUCCGCCUGUGUCCAUGCCCCCAUUAGGGGGUCCUGGCCCUGUCCCUUCAACUGUGUCCAUGCCCCCACCAGGGGGUCCUGUCCCUUCAACUGUGUCCAUGCCCCCACCGGGGGGUCUUGUCCCUGGGUCCAUGCCCCGAAUGAGGGGUCCUUUCCCUGGAUCCAUGCCCCGAAUGGGGGGUCCUGUCCCUGUCCCUUCAACUGUGUCCAUGCCCCCAAUGAGGGGUCCUGUCCCUGGGUCCAUGCCCCCACUGGGGGGUCCUGUCACUCCCCCUGUGUCCAUGUCCCCAUUAGGGGGUCCUGGACCUGUCCCUUCAACUGUGUCCAUGUCCCCACUGGAGGGUCCUGUCCCUGGGUCCAUGCCCCGAAUGGGGGGUCCUGUCCCUGGGCCCAUGCCCCGAAUGGGGGGUCCUGUCCCUGUGUCCAUGCCCCGAAUGAGGGGUCCUGUCCCUGUCCCUUCAACUGUGUCCAUUCCCCCCCUGGGCGGCCCUCUCCUGCCGGACUUCAAGCCACGUAGCGCAGCACCAGGCUUCAAACCCAUAGCAGACAUGACCUCUGACCCUGGCCUGGGAAAACCUGCGGACCCCGAGCUGGGCUCCCCAGAGCCCGCGGUGAUGAACCUGCCGCCCGGCCCUUACCAUCGCCCCCCUCCCCGCUUCCUUCCCCCCCAAAUGAUGCCCGGGGGACCCACCUUCCCCCGGUUCAGGAUGCGCCUGCCCUUCCCCCCUCGCGGCCCCGUCCUUCCCCGGCCGCCCUUCAUGGGGCCGCCGGAGGGCCCCUUCCGAGGAAGGCCGCCUUUCAGGGGCCCCGUUCGCUUCCCAAGAGGCGGCUGGUAGAAACCUUUUGUUUGUACAGCCAACUUUUUUUUAGUGAUGCCCCCCCCCCCAGGCUGUAAAUAUUGUACAUGCUCGCCACCUUUGAUAUCUUUUUGUAUAUUUUUGUCAAAGCAGUGGAAAGGAAUCAUCUUGUGCUGAUUUCAACUUUUUAGUCCAAGAUCACAGCUUUUCUUGUCCGCCACUAGAGGGCGACACCUGCCAGCAGUUGCUGUCAUUAAACAACUUAUGUCCAAACUUUUGCUGGU